AAACGCCGCUGACCCUAGUCAGGUGUUCCCGGGAAAAGGGGAUGGAUGAGGGAACUAGAGCGAAGGAAGUUUAGGGAAGUAAGUUGAGCCCUGAAGAGGUCGCUGCAGGCUCAGGAGAGACUCCUUCCCGCGUGUAGAUCCUGACAAGAAAUGAAUGAAGAAAAAGGAGGCCCCAGGACCUAGAUAGUGUCAUCUCUGGGCCAAUUUUGACUGGUGACUAGAUUUCUAACUAGAAAUUUAGAGCAUAUCCAGAAGAGACAAAGACAGAAUAUUGGAGUUGCUGGCUAUUUCUCAAAACAGAAGAAAAUGAUCAAUGCCCAGGAACGUGUUGUUACAGGAACCGCUGACACUGGAGGACGUGGCCGUGGACUUCACCUGGGAGGAGUGGCAGCUGCUGGCCCCCGCCCAGAAGGGCCUGUAUCGGGAUGUGAUAUUGGAGAACUACAGCAACCUGGUGUCAGUGGGGUAUCAAGCCAGCAAGCCAGAUGCACUCUCCAGGCUGGAACGAGGGGAGGAACCGUGGGCGAAACAGGAGGAAGUCCCCAGUGGAACUCGGCAGGAACCUAGCAAAGUUCAUAACCACCUGCAAGGUCACUGGGAAAAUCCAAGAAUGCUGAAAGGGAUGGAACAAAACCACAAAAAUGAUGCAUUUGGAAAUACUGUUCCUCAAAGCAAAAAUCAUUUUCCUUCCAGGCAAAAUCAUAUGCUUGAGUUCUAUAUAAAAACUUUGAAAUCAAAUUUAAGUUUAGUCAACCAGAGCAAAAGCUAUGAAAUUAAAAACUCUACUAAAUUCAGUGGAGAUGUGAAGUUAUUUCUGUGUGAUAAGCAUGAAGAUUUUCAUUCAGCUGUUAAACUCCCUGUAAGUGCAAAACCUAUUAGCAGUAAGUCCCAAGUCAUUAUGCAUCAGAGAACUCAUGAAAUAGAAAAACCCCAUAUAUGCAGUGAAUGUGGAAAAGCCUUCAUUAAGAAAUCUCAGCUCACAGAUCAUCACAGAGUUCAUACAGGAGAGAAACCUUAUGGAUGCAAUAUUUGUGCAAAAGUGUUCUCCAGAAAGUCCAGGCUCAAUGAACAUCAGAGAAUUCAUAAAAGAGAGAAAUCCUUUCUAUGCAAUGAUUGUGGAAAAGUUUUCACCAUGAAGAGUCGUCUAAUUGAACACCAGCGAACUCACACUGGAGAGAAACCCUACGUAUGCAGCGAAUGUGGAAAAGGUUUCCCAGGUAAGCGGAAUCUCAUUGUGCAUCAGCGAAAUCAUACUGGAGAGAAAUGCUACGUAUGCAGCGAAUGUGGAAAAGGCUUCACCGGGAAGAGCAUGCUUAUCAUACACCAGCGAACUCAUACUGGAGAGAAGCCCUACAUCUGCAGUGAAUGUGGGAAAGGCUUCACCACUAAGCACUAUGUCAUUGUACAUCAACGAAAUCACACAGGAGAGAAACCCUAUAUAUGCAAUGAAUGUGGGAAAGGUUUCACGAUGAAGAGUCGACUAAUUGAACAUCAGCGAACCCACACAGGUGAGAAACCCUAUGUAUGCGACGAAUGUGGCAAAGGCUUUCCCAGGAAGAGUAAUCUCAUUGUACAUCAGCGAAAUCAUACAGUAGAGAAAUCCUAUGUAUGCAGCGAAUGUGGAAAAGGUUUCACCGUGAAGAGCAUGCUUAUCAUACACCAGCGAACUCACACUGGAGAGAAACCCUACAUCUGCAAUGAAUGUGGGAAAGGCUUCCCCCUGAAGAGUCGGCUGGUCGUCCAUCAGCGAACACAUACUGGCGAGAAACCUUACAGGUGCAGUGAAUGUGGGAAAGGUUUCAUUGUGAAUAGUGGACUGAUGUUACAUCAGCGAACUCACACUGGAGAGAAACCCUAUAUAUGCAAUAAAUGUGGAAAAGGUUUUGCCUUUAAGAGCAAUCUUGUGGUACAUCAGCGAACUCAUACUGGAGAGAAACCCUUCACAUGCAGUGAAUGUGGAAAAGGCUUCACCAUGAAACGCUAUCUCAUUGUACAUCAACAAAUCCAUACAGGAGAGAAAUCCUACAUAUGCAGUGAAUGUGGGAAAGGCUUUGCUAUGGAAACUGAGCUCAUUUUACAUCAACAAAUUCAUACUGGAGAGAAACCUUAUGCAUGCAAUGAAUGUGGUAAAGGCUUCACUGUGAAAAGCCGUCUAAUCGUUCAUCAGCGAACUCAUACAGGAGAGAAACCCUUUAUAUGUAGUGACUGUGGAAAAGCCUUCUCCUCAAAGAGAAAUCUUAUUGUGCAUCAGAGAACUCAUAAUGGAGAGAAAGCCUACACAUGCAGUGAGUGUGGAAAAGGCUUCACCAUGAAGCGCUAUCUGAUUGCACAUCAGCGAACUCACAGUGGAGAAAAACCUUAUGUGUGCAGUGAAUGUGGAAAAGGCUUCACGGUGAAGAGCAAUCUCAUCGUGCAUCAGCGAACUCAUACGGGGGAGAAACCCUAUAUAUGUACUGAAUGUGGAAAAGGCUUCACCAUGAAGCGCUAUCUUGUUGUCCAUCAGCGAACUCAUACUGGAGAGAAACCUUAUAUAUGCAAUGAAUGUGGAAAAGGUUUCACAGUGAAGAGUAACCUUAUCGUACAUCAGCGAUCUCAUACUGGGGAAAAAUCUUACAUGUGCAGCGAAUGUGGAAAAGGCUUCACCACCAAGCGCACCCUCAUUAUACAUCAGCGAACUCACACAGGAGAGAAAUCUUACUUAUGUAAUGAAUGUGGAAAAGGCUUCACUACAAAGCGCACCCUCAUUAUACAUCAGCGAACUCACACGGGAGAGAAACCCUACGAAUGCAGUGAGUGUGGGAAAGCCUUCAGCCAGAAGAUAUGCCUCAUACAACAUGAGCGGUGUCAUACCGGCAAGACUCCCUUUGUGUGUACUGAGUGUGGAAAAUCCUAUUCUCACAAAUACGGUCUCAUUACUCAUCAGAGAAUUCACACAGGAGAGAAACCCUAUGAGUGCCGUGAAUGUGGAAAAGCCUUCACCACAAAGUCAGUACUUAACGUCCAUCAAAGAACUCAUACAGGAGAGAGACCCUAUGGAUGCAGCGAUUGUGAGAAAGCCUUCUCCCACUUGUCAAACCUUGUUAAACAUAAGAAAAUGCACACAAGAGAAAUGGGUAGAUUCAGUCAAGUUGGAAAUCCUUUUAAUACAGAAUCACAGCUCAUUACUUAUGUGAACUCCCGAAGCCCUAUGAAUGUGAUGAUUAUGAAAAUGCCUUCUUUGGCAACCAAGACUUCAUUAAACAUCAGUGUUUCCAGCAGAUUGGAAUGUAACCAUGGUACUGCCAGUUUUUGGAUAUGUGCCCUGAGGAGAUUAAAGAACUUGUCCAGGAGGUAAAUCUGGUGGCUACGGUGAAUUUGUUGUGCCUUCAAUGAUCCUUACCUCAUAUUUUCUGUCAGUGAAAACAUGUUGAGAAAACUCUUGAUACAUUCAAUGUGGCAAUACCUUGGGCAAAACUUUUAACUUCAUUAUAUUCUGAAAAGUAUACACUGAGGCAAAUUAUGUGUAGACAGAGAAUAGGAGGGCCUUCAGGGGGAAGGUAGAUUUUAUUAUCAGGGAUCAUCAUAAAGCAUCAGUGAGCUUAUUGUUCAUAGAAAUACAAUUUAAAAAAUUGUGUGAUAAUCAUGGGAAAGCUUUCACCGAGAAAGAAGACCUCACUGAGGGUCAGAGUCCACACUGGAGGACAGUAUAUAUAUAGCAGGAUGUCAGUGACACAGUUGGCCUCAUUUUGUCAGGAAAUCAUAUAGAAAUGAAAACUUCAUGAGCAUGCUAAAUGUGGAGCACCUCUAGUCAAAUACCAGAACUCAUGAAGGAAUGACGUCCUGUGAAAGUGAUAAAUGUCGGAGUGCUUUUAAAUGUUUUUAAUGUUUUAAAUGUUAAGUCUGACCUUUUAAAUGUUUUAAAUUUCAAGUCUGACCUCAUUAUACAUCAGAUAAUUCACCUGAUGUACAUUUUCAGAUGAUACUUUGAAACCCUUUUUUGGUGGCCUUUUCAGUAAUUUCAUAGUUUCAAAAAGUCAUCUCUUUCCUCAUUACUGAUGAAUAUUUAUUGUUAUAUAUAUUGCAGAGUGUCCUAUGGCGUAUUCUAGGACUAUCUGUAUUAUAUGAUUUGUUUUUACCUCUCUUGGGCUCUAAACUUAAUUGUAAAUAUAGCAAACUGAAGUAGUUUAAAAGGAAAUAAUGUUUUACAUUUAUAAAAUAACAAGUAUUUGUACUUGCUUAACUAAGUUUAUAAAUAUGACCAAAUAUUUUAUAAAACCACCUUCCGAGUUAUUUUUGUAAAAUGUUUAAUUUGAAAUAAUUUUAACUUAUAAGAAUUUGCAAAAUAGUCCAGAGAGUUCCAUAGUAUCCUUUACCUCACGUCUCCCAGUAAAAACAUUUACGUAAGCCACGUCUUAUUAUUGAAUCCAGGAAAAUGACUUGGUAGUAUACUGUUAGCUAAGCCCUUAACCUUGUUUGGAUUUCAUUAGAUUUUCAUGUUUUUUUUUUAAUGUUUUAAUUCUAAGAAGUUUUAUUACAUAUAUAGAUUCAUGUAACUACUACCACAACCAUCAUGUAAAACUAUAACCAAUACAGAUUCCCUCAUUGAACCUUUUUAUGCUUAUACCCUUUAUCCAAACCUACCUCUCACAACCACUUCUGUUCUCCAUCAAUAUAGUUGUAUAAUUUUAUGUUACAAAAAUCAUUUUUACAACUGGAUUUAAAAUAUUUUAU